AUUCUGUCACUAAGUGGAACUCAUUCAAUACCUUAGACCACGAGCACACCAGAGCUUUCACUGAUACAGACGUCUCUAAGCAACAAUGAAGCUCCAGAUUCUCUCUCUACUUCUCCUCAACACCUGGAUCGUCUCCGUCAACGCAGACUUCUUCCACUGUAUCUGCCAGUCAUGGUCGUUCCACACUAUCCGAUCCAAAGAGGCCUGUAUUUGGAUGAAAAACGAAUCCCUCCCCAAAGACCAAGUCACCAUAAGUCUGGUGGGUGAGAGCGGCCCGUGGGCGGGUGCGCUUACGUGUCGCAUGCUGAAUCCCGCCAAGUUUUGGGGUGCUCCCAUUUGUUGGGGACAGUAUGGCUACGACUGGCAUGAUUUCUGCAAGCCCGAGUGUAAGAACGAUGGAAAGGACGCCGAGGACUGUAUAAGGACCUACCGGUCAAUCGCCUAAUAAGAUGGCGUUUGACGCAACAUGUAUUCAAGAAAAAUGUACUUUGGUAUUAGUGAACGUCAAUGUUAUCGAGGUUUUCAAUCCUGCU